GGUGGGGAGGGAGGGAGAGAGCUACUGUUGAUGAGACAUGUCAGAGGCACCUCCUCAUCCAACACCCGGACUAGGGACGACCAACAAUGCACACACACAUACACACACACACACACAGAGUGUCUGGGAGCAGCUAGACCGCAGAGAACCUUGCGUGGAAGUCGACAUUGUAUUGGACUUGGGAACCACCAGUAGAAGCUUAAUGAAUUUUAGGAUCCAUAACUAGGUUUGUUGAAGGUGGAUGGAGACCAGUGGAGGUUGAGUUGACGUGUUGAGGAGUGUUGAACUUCUACUGGAUUUGUGGAGCGUAUUCAGCUAGUGGGAGAUUUAGAAGGUUGUUUUGUGUCGAAAAAGUAUUUUCGGGAGACUGGCCUUUUGUUCCCCGACUUUUUGGAGAGACCGUCGAAGAUCCUUAUGGAGAAGUUUCAGGCUGGCAUGGUGCUGGGGGCCGUCGGGGAUGCCCUGGGCUACCGCAAGGGCCGCUGGGAGUUCUGCACGUCAGGGCGACAGAUCCAGGAGGAGCUGGAGACACUGGGUGGGCUGGGGGCCCUAAAACUGGACCCCGAUAACUGGCCCCUCAGCGACGGAGCCCUGAUGCACAUGACCACCACUGAGGCACUUGUCACAGACUACUGGUGUCUGGAGGACCUGUACAGGGAGCUAGUACGUGUCUACGUGGAGUCCAUGGUGUCUCUCCAGGGUCGCCCUCCAGACCCCGGCACUGUGGAAGGCUGUGUUCACCUCAAACCCAACAACUUCCUGCUCGCCUGGCACACGCCCUUCAACGAGAAAGGCUCUGGAUUUGGGGCUGCCACCAAGGCCAUGUGUGUGGGUAUGAGGUACUGGCAGCCGCAGAGACUGGACAACCUUGUGGAGGUCAGCAUAGAGACUGGCAGGAUGACCCACAACCACCCCACAGGUUUCCUGGGGUCCCUGACCACGGCCCUGUUCGCUUCGUAUGCGCUGCAGGGUAAACCUGUGGUCAGCUGGGGUCGUGACCUUAUGAAGGUCAUCCCCAAGGCCGAGGAGUUCUGCAGGAAGACCAUACGGCACAUGGCAGAGUACCAGGAGAAGUGGUUCUACUUUGAGGCCAAGUGGCAGUUCUACCUGGAGGAGAGAGGCAUCGAGGAGGAGGGACAGAACAAACCUCUGUUCCCGGACCGGUAUGACGCUGAGGAGACAGACAAGCUGUACAAGCGCUGGAGCUCAGAGGGCCGUGCGGGGCGGAGGGGGCAUGACGCCCCCAUGAUUGCCUAUGACGCCCUCCUUGCAUCGGGCUCUGACUGGAACGAGCUGUGCCGGCGGGCCAUGUUUCACGGAGGGGAGAGCGGAGCCACAGGCCUGAUAGCCGGCUGCUUGUAUGGUCUUCUCUACGGCCUGAGCCAGGUACCUGCCGGGCUGCACCAGGACCUGGAUCGACGGCAGCGUCUGGAAGACCUGGGUGCUGAGCUGCACAGAGCAGCCUCUGCUGAGAAGAUCAUAGAGAAUGCUCAGAGAACAGCCCUCAAAGGUAGCAGAGCGAACGUGGACGUCACUGCACUGAGGAGGCUGGUCUUGGAUAGGACAUCUCGCCCUGAGGUCAGAGGGGUUCUGGAGAGCCUACUUCAGUACCUGAUUCAAGAUCUGCCCAACAGGGUCACCCCUCGGACCUGUGAGAGCCCGAGGCUGGCCCACAGUCUCCCUACCAGGGCCCCCGGAACCACUAAGAGGCCUGGGCUGAGGACUGAGGCAUCCCAGAGUAGACAUGGAGCGUCACCAGUAGGGGGCGACAUGCCACGGCGCCUCACUUCCUUUCAGCUCCUCCAGGCCAAAUUCCAGAGGGCCACCCCCAAACCUCCCCUCACCCACCGACGGGAGGUUGGGGCACUGUUCCUCCGGGUAGGAGGUGUAGGACCCUGUGGAAGUCAGAGGCAGGAUGGAGAAGCUCCCAGAGGCAAAGGGGAGGACUGCAGAGGCCGGGCUGGGCGGGGUUUGAGGAGAGGGGGCAGCGUGCAGGAUAUAGUGGCAAAGUUUGCUGCAGCGGAGCAGAGACAAUGUGGAGGACCAACCCAGGAGCUUCCGAUAAAACCCAGUAAGAUAAGGAAGGGACCCCUCCUAUCCUCGCUGAUGGAGAAGUUUGAAACCAUGGCGACAGUGCAUCGAAGAAGUGAUUCCAUUGGUUUGACCCAGAGCCCACCUGGCAAGAUUAAAGUCUCUGGUCAUAUGAAGGAGAUAAUGGGUAGUCAGGAAGUCGUUCCUGAGGGGACAGGUCACACUGCCAAGGACCAAAGUCCAAUGAUCAAGUUGAUCGAUCGAGUCCCAGAGGAGCAGAAAGAAAUCUGUCCUUCCAAAGGAAAAAUAGAUGACAGCUCACAGCUAACUACUGAUAAUAGUGAUUCAACAAUUAUGAAUACCAAUCACAGAGUAAAUAUUGAGUCUGCUGAUGAGCAAAUUACGGUGCAGGGUUCAGAGACCAUGUUGAAAGUUCAGAGUGUUCAGAAUUCAGAAGGGAGGGUUCAAAGUUUGCAUGAAGACAGUGAAGUUCAAGCUUCAGAAAAAAACGAUUUGGGUCAGAGGGUUCAAUAUGGCAAAACCGAGCUACUCUGCUCUGCAGCUGUAGAGGAGUGGUCACCUCCAGAGCCACAGACAGUCCUAGCCCAGACCGAGAUGUCGUCAAUCGGUUACGUGGUCACCUUCCUCCCCUGUGCCCCCGUGUGGGCCCUAGCUUGUGUGAAUCAACCAGCACAACAAUACACAGGACAACCAAAACCCAUGACCCUGGGAAGGCCUACUGUAUCACCCAAGGGAGGAAGGCUCUCUUGCAGCCGUGAGGCUCCUGACAUAGUCCCUCUUGGAUCAUUGGUGGACGUAAGCAGCAGACCUGCUGCUGUGGCUACCUCCAGCAGAGGACACAGAGGAGCGCAAGCCAAGGUCCCCUCUGAGCCAGACUGGCCUUGCAGCCAGCCAGAUCCACCCCAAACCUGGUCCACCCAGAAAGGCAUGCCCAGAUACUGCAUCCCACGAGUCCAUGGAGCAGGGCCAAGAGAACUGGAUACAAGCCACGACUCCCCAUGUCUCCAACCUCUAACUACUGAAUCCGUGACCCCUGAAGCACCUGCUUCAUCUACGCCCUUUGAGUUGCCCCGGUCUGGUCCCAGCGCAAGUCUUUUUACAUCAGAGCCUGCCAGAAAAUACCAUCAGGAGUCACAACCUCUACUAACUCACUGUCCAGAUGCCAAACAGGAAGAGGUGUCCCCCAGGUUAAUGUACAGACAGGGCACUGAGACGAAACAUGAGGAAAGACAGGGAAAAGAUAAAAGUGUAACACAUGAGAAUUCAGAUGACAUCGUCCCUCAACAUGGUCUCAAAGGAACUGAGGACAGCAGCGAGGCAUCAUGGGAAGGCAGAUAUCCUCGCAACAAUCUGAUGGCCAUCCAGACCACAGAAGCAGACAGCCAGAUUCAUCUCAAGAAAGAGCGAGAGAAGCAGAACGUGAGGCCAAAGUACAGGACUAUGAACUACGGCGACCCCUCAGUGAAACAGACCUACAAGCCCAAGAUCAUCCGCUUCACUGAUACUUUCACCUUCUAGUUCUGGGCCUCUUAAACGCUACUUAGUCAGUGAAAGAUAAAAGCCUCUUGUCUUCCGCUCCCCGGCAGCGAAACUUAAUAUACAUUCAAGGUCAUGCUGCAGAUAUCGUGUAACCUGCAAACAACCAAUGGGUGGAUGGAUGUCAAGAUCGCACCAUAUGAUUAGAAGGACUUUCUGUUUGCAGUUCUGCUCUCAUUGUUACUGUGUGCAUACUUUGCAACCAGAGGGCUGGGUGUAACAAAAUAAACUUGCAAAGACAAAUACAUGUGUGUGUGCCCUUGCUCAGACAAAGCUUUGAAGUAGUUCACUGUGAAAGUUGCUACCUUAGGCAAAAGAAGUGUAGAUGUAGUGGGACAUUACUGUAUUCGCAUCAUAAUGUCAAACAAUGUCUAACUAGGUCAAACAAGCCUAUCAUGUCUUCCACGUCUCAGAUUAAAUAUAUCAGUCUCCAUG